AUGCACCAAAAUCCAGACAACGGUUGCAUGUUCGAACACUCCAUGAGCAAAGGAUCGAUCGGUAAAUACUACACUUUUGACAGUGCCAACGGCUCACAACACUUCUCUUCGCUGGAUGGGUUGAUAAGGCACGCUAAUAACACUCGUGAAGCGCUUUGGAUUGAUGUGCAGGGCGACCAUAAAGCGUCCCACUGGGAGCUUCUCAAUGGAAUAUCAUUUGGUACUCAAGUUCCCCAGACCGUGUUGAGCGCGGUGGUGAACAGCACGGAAGGAGACAUUGUGCAGAUGCAACCCAUUUCCACGGACUACGUCGCCGGCAGUGUGAGUUGUCUGCGAGGAAACUCGAUCCACGAGGACACGAAGGUGGACGGUGCCGAGGCCGUGCCUGGUUAUCCCACCGGCGAUGACUUUGGGGGGAUGGUGCCGGAGACGGUCACGGCGGAGACGCUCGACGCCAGCGAGGGCAUGGUCUGGUGUGCCUUCAUUGCAACCAGGCGCCUCCUGGUGACUUUCCACCACGGGCCCUUCCUUGGGCUCGGCGAGAUGGUGCACAACCUGGAGGGGCGCUACGCCGAGGCCGCGUCGGGAAAGUUCAACCCCGGCGUCGGCCUCUCCGUGUUGUUGAGCUUCUCCAAUGGGAUGCUGCUCAACAAGCCGGGUGCCCUCCUGAACGAGGUGGACAACAUUGACGAGAUAUCCCUGCUCAUCGCACCCGGUCGGCGCGACCAGCCGGACUUUCUGCGGCGCGUGGCGAACCUGCGGCAGCGUAUCUCUGCCUUCCGUACACGCCUCUUUAUGAAAGAGAAAGUAUUAAUGGAUUUACUCAGUCCCAUGGUGUGUACCAACUUCCUAGAGAUGGACAAGUACAGCAUGGGUUUGUGCAAGGACACCUUGGCUAAAAUCUCGAAGGAAAGCAACCUCCUCGACGAUGCUCGCGAUCUGCUGAACCAAUCCAACCUGAACUUUGUGACAGGCGUAAUGAUGCGAAUGUCGCAGAGCUCAGCAAACUUGGAUUGGAAUCUUCGAAUUCUUGCUAUGAUUUCCACAACAUGUCUCCCCCUGAACCUUCUGUGUUCUAUUUUUGGCAUGAACUGCAAGGUGCCGUUCCAGUCCGACGAGUACCCGACACUGACUGCGUUUUAUUGUUUGCUGGGUGGAAUGGUUGUUUGGAUUCUCAUCACUUCGGUCCCUGCCAUUGUGAACGCGAUCAGAGGUGCCAGGCUCAAGGCUAUUGUCAUGACAUCCUACUAA